AAAAAAUUUCCCGACAUUUCUUUCUUUCUUUUUCUCUUUCUCUCUUUCUCUCCUUCUCUCCUUCUCUCCUUCUCUCCCGAUCAAAGUGUCGAUCCGUCAAAGGAAGAGCUGGUUUAAUCGGAGGGUAUAGAAUCUGUGGAGUUUUGGGUCGGAGGCGAGUUGAAUCGGCAGAGAUGUUAUCGGAGGCGACGGUAGCGGUGGCGAUUUGAAUCGUCGUGGAGAUUGACUCGUGGAAGGUUCGAGAAGCUUCAGUAAACGGAAAUGGCGAAGAAGAGCUCCGAUUCGAGCCAUGAGCAACCUCCUUUGAGUUAUCGUAAGAGCGUCAAAAUCAAAGCCACGCCGGAUCAAUUUUUCGUUUGGAGAGAGUUCUUAUGGGGAGGUUUAGCUGGAGCUUUUGGAGAAGGGAUGAUGCAUCCUGUAGAUACUCUCAAAACCCGACUUCAAAGUCAGAUUAUCAUGAAUGCAACUCAGAGGCAACAACAACAAGUUAUUUCAGCUUUCAAGCUUUUAUAGGGGCGAUGAUCUUACCACUUGCACACAUUCACUGCUCGGCGCAGAACUGAACUUGUACAGUCUUCCUAUCUUAAAAUGUUGUGUAGUUGCAGGUGGGCAUCCAUUGUUCUUACAACCCUUUUGAUUCGAGGAUUGACAGUUCCUCUCAUGAUUCACAAUGAAAAAUGGAGGUUAAGGCAAAUGAUACUGAAACUUCUAGCAACGUGCUUGUGUAAAGACAGCUCAGAUUCAUGGCCGAAGCACUGAGAGCUGCGAGUAUUUCUACUCAAAACGCAAUGCCCACUUCAGGUUAUCAGCAAGUGUUUCCCACUGGUAAUCACCAGUCCUUAGCUGCUAUGCUUCCGCAAUACAAAACUCAAGCAACCGCUCUAUAUCUUUAUUUUAGUUAAGCAUGUGAUGUUUGUUUUCCAUUCUAACUCUUUUUUUUUUUAUUCAUUCUUUAACAGCUUAAAGAAAGCUAGAUGAUGAGUAUAGAGCCCUUGUGUCUAUUGUAAUAUGUAUUAAUGUUUUA